GCCAACUCGGUGAAGCAGCAGCCGCUUGUUCGGGUUGACGGGUGGAUAUGUACAUUCAGCAAACACGUUGACAUGUACCGGACACUUGAAUGUGAUUGAUCGGAAAUGAAAAAAAAAAACUAAGUGAUUAUGUUAUCAGUGAAGCUGAAAGCUGAAAGAAUUCACAUCGCAGUAGGAGUUGCCGAUUUGAAAAUUUUUCUUUUGAAUUAAUGAUCAUCAAGUGAAUAAUUGCUUAGGUGAAAACAUCCAAUUUACAGCAAAGCUUAACAAAACAGACGCUGUUACCUGGUAAAAUAUUUCAACAGACGUAUUGUACGAUCCUAACUGCUUAUCAGUCUGCAUGCUUCCAAUGUUCUAAACAGUGCACCAUUUUGAUUACUUGAAACGACGUGCUCAAAAAGUAAACAAUGCGAGCGCGUCGCGUCGUUCCGUCCGCCAGGAUAUUCUUUUUUGUUGUGGUGACUCUGCUGGGGCUUACCGUCCUGUACUAUUACUUCACCGUGUAUGAAAAUGUUCAUCACGCCAACGAUUGGACCGAAGAACUGUUUCAAUCGGUCGAAAUUAAAACGGUACCUUCGGAGCUUGUCAGUUAUCGAAGAAAUGCAACAACUGAGACACUGCAGCAGCAGCCUGAAAGUGGUACCUUUCCUCCUGGCGAUAUGGGAGUGGCGGUUGAAUUGGGUUCCGACAUAAAGUCUGAUAUCCGCCAUCAGGUCGAUGAGGGUUGGAACACACAAGGACUCAAUCAGUAUGCUUCGGAUAUAGUGUCAGUUUUCCGCCGAUUACCCGACAUCCGGGACGAUUGGUGCAAGGAACCUGGUAGAUUUCUUUCGGAGCUCCCUCCGACAUCCAUAGUGAUUGUAUUUUUCAAUGAGGCAUGGUCAGUUUUGGUCCGGACGGUACACUCGGUUUUGAACCGAACCCCACCGGAGCUGAUUCAGGAAAUAAUUCUAGUAGACGAUUUUUCCACGUUGGCUCAUCUAAAAACACAGCUGGACGAUUACUUUCGGCCAUAUCGGAAAGUGCGUAUUGUCCGAGCUGGCAAACGGGAAGGUUUGAUUCGAGCGAGAAUUCUUGGUGCGAAGAGUGCCAACGCCGAGGUUGUAACUUUUCUAGACGCACAUUGUGAGGUUAUAGUUGGCUGGCUAGAGGCGCAGUUGGAUCGAGUAGCCCGUGAUUCCACUACCAUAGCGAUACCGUCGAUCGAUUGGAUCCACGAGGACACGAUGGCACUGAAUGCACAAAGCUCUCAACUGUACUUUGGUUCUUUCGAUUGGACGAUAAAUUUCCAGUGGAAGUCACGUUCGGAGAAGAAAAGAAAAAUGGAUAAUCCGGUCGAACCGUUCGAUACGCCGGUAAUGGCCGGAGGAUUAUUUACCAUCAAUAAGACGUUUUUCGCUCAUUUGGGAUGGUAUGACGAAGGAUUUGAGACUUACGGGGCAGAAAAUAUGGAACUUUCCUUCAAGACGUGGAUGUGUGGUGGAUCGAUGCAGAUUGUUCCCUGUUCGAGGGUUGCACACAUACAGAAAAGAGGCCAUCCGUAUCUAGCGCAUACACCUGGUGGAUACUCAGCCAUCAAGCGGAAUACUGUUCGGUUGGCUGAGGUGUGGCUGGAUGAUUAUGCGGAAUAUUAUUACGAUUCGUUUGGAGGUGCCAAAAAUCGAGGUCAAUUUGGUGAUGUAUCCGCGAGAAAAGCCCUUCGAAAGAGACUGAAAUGCAAAUCUUUUCGAUGGUAUAUGGAGAACGUGUUUCCAGAGCAGUUCGAUCCAUCGAAGGCUGUCGGUCGAGGGGAGUUUCGGAGUGCAGUCGAUGCUAAGGAUCACUGUCUCGAGUGGCCUCCCCCACUGGCAACGAAAGGAGUGAACCGAUGUCAUGGCCAAGGAGGUCACCAAUUAUGGUUUUUUACCUCCGAUGGGGAAUUGACACGAGAAGAUCAUUGCAUGGAUUACGACGGUUCGAAGUUGGAUAUGAUUCGGUGUCACCGGAUGAAGGGUAACCAGUUGUGGACAUUCGAUAGCGACAAUAAACAGUUCCGGCAUGCCUAUCAUCUGCGGUGUCUGGAGUGGGAUGCCGGAAAACUGAAAAUGAAUGAGUGUGUAGGGGGGAAAAUUAAACAGCAAUGGUUGAUUCAGCACUACAAUGCCAGUAACUUGAAACAGCUUUAGGGCGGUAAGGAAUGCGAUGACACGGCAGGAAUGUAUUCAUGGUGCAAAGUGACAUUGAAAGAGUAAAAUUAUUACAAUUCCUUGCAUUAUUUCAUCCGCUUUGUACAAAUUUUAGCUUUUGCAAAGCUAUAUUCAAAGGAAAAACAUCAAUGUUAAAGUCUUAGGAAACAAAUUACAUACGCUAAGUAUUAUUUAAAUUAAAUAAA